GCGUUUCAUAUGAAUUGCUUUCGCUGCAGCUGUUGUUUUCUACAUCCUUUUCCAAAGAAUGGGCCAUAUCCUUUCUUGAAGAACCGUAUUGCUCUUUUUGACGUCGUUGUAAAGAACUCUUCGUCUUCUGGGAAGCUCUGUGUUCGUCCUGGCUUCAGGAUCGCACGAGUCCACGUUUCUAUUGGUUGCCUAGCUUCAACCAAUAUAUCAGCAGCAGUUACAGGCAAAGAAGAUUCGACACUUGCCGCAACAGAAUCUUAUUCUUUGAAAGUUGAUGAUAAUGUUAGGCCAGAAGUUUUAAUAGAUGCAGCGGUUUCUGGUACUAAUAUCGAUAAAAUACUGAAAAGCAAUGAAUAUAUUGCUGAACAAGUGUAUCAAAGUUGCAAAAAGUAUGAGGGCUAUUUGCAGAGUCUAUACGGUUCGUUUGAUAUUACUGCUCGACGUUUCAUGGCCUCGGUUAUUGCCAUUGCCAGUUUUUUAGGGGGUCGAUGGUUAAGUAUGAAACGGAUACCGAAAUAUGCCAAUCUAGUGGGAAUAUUAUCAUCUUUAUCCGUUUCUAUUUCACUUUAUUUGGUUUCGAGGUCAGCAAAACAAGGCUGCGCAGCACAAGUUACACUGUUCUUGAAGGAGAAAGGUGUCUUGAGUGUUACUGAAGUUGAAGUUCGUAAGAUAUUUGAAAGAUAUGGACUAACUAGAGAAGAAUUUCUGCCUUAUGCAAAAGAAAUUUAUAAAUUUUAUUUGAUGGGAUGUAUUCAAAACUCUUCGUUGAAACUAACGGAAAUAGCUCAACUUUUUCAUUUGAAACAAAUAUUUCAUUUGACUGGACAAGAUGUAGGAGAUAUACAUCAAGAGGUAGGAAAAGAAUUGUAUCGAAGGACAUUAGUUUAUCUAGAUGAAUCUACAAAUAUUGAGCGCAUUGGACCAAAAGGAAACUCUCCUAGAAAUAUACUGCGCAAAAAGGAAUUGAAAAAGAAAGAGAAACUGAAAGAUUUAGAAUAUCAGGAAGAAACCAAAUCUUUAGUUGCAAUACUAGACAAGUAUUUUUGCAUCUCUGAUAGAGUUUUCAAUGAUAAUGAAUCGGAAGAAGCCUAUAUGUAUGAAUGGAGUCGACUUCGAAAACAAUUCUCUCUGAAUGAAGAAGAGAUUGAGAAAAGAUUGAAUAGAAUACGCAUUCCGCUUUAUGAGACUUUGGCUAAAGCAGUUAUAAUUAAUUACCAAAUUGACUCAAGUAUCUUGGAAACAGCGUCUUCAACUUUGUCCAUUGAAAAGGAAGUUUCAUCCCAAAUACAUAUGCAGGUAUAUCGUUCCAUGCUGGAAUCAAUUUUACAGAACAAUGAAAGAAUACCUGAACAAGGCCUAAAAGAAAUUCAAAGGGUUCGUCAAGUAUUUUCCAUUGACAUGGAUACUUCCCAAAAGUUGCUUCUAGCAGUAACGAUUCCUGCUUUUCAACGAAAAUUGGAACAAACUUUGCAUAGUUGUGUCGCUGAUUGGAUAUCAAAGGAUAAGGAUGCUUUCGUGUCGACUGAGAUUGGAAUAGACUUGAAGCCGUAUAUACAAAGUUUGAGAGCCAAGACUGAAGAACUGCUUCUUUCCUCGAAGGAGGAUUUGUUACUAGGGUUUCAAAAUGGAAUUGCUGGAGCAACUGCUUCCUGUUUCAAGAAAGCAAUGAACUUUUUGCGGGUUCAGAAUAUUCGAGGAGUAGAACAGGAAGCACGAGUCUUGAUUGUAUUCUACAAAGUGGCAGUGGAAAUAAUAGACAGGAUGAAAAUAUGUGAUUCGACUCAUACAGCAUCAGACUUGGUUCAAAAAGCAAUGGCUAAGAUUUCUUCAGCUCAUCAAACUGAUGAAUGUCGAUUGUUCUAUCGCAUCUUUCUAAAUGACUGUCUAAAGGAGCUUCCUCUUGGAACGAACAAGAAGAAUUCUUUACAGAUUCUUCGUAGAAUACUUUCUUUGUCAGAACUGGAUGCUGAUGAGGCCUAUCGAAAUGUGAUUGAACCCAUUUAUCAAAGGAAAUUACAAAACUUGGUUGAGUCACAAACAAACUAUACCCAGGAGGAUAAAGAGAAGCUAAGAAAGUUGGAAGAAACGCUUUCUCUUUCGCCGGAUAGCUCCAAACAAGUUAAAUUGCAAUGUUAUAAGAUGCGACUCUCAAAACUAGUGGAAAAUAAUCGCAUUUAUUCAGCAAAAGAAGCAGACGAAUUGGACAAUUUGCGAAAUUUCCUUUCCAUAACAAAAGAUGAAGUUAUUCCCAUACAUGUUGAACUUGCAAGGCCUGUGUUUGAACAGUCCAUUAAAGAGGCUAUGGGAAGUACUGGUAUUAUUCCAGCAGAGUAUCAUGACGCUCUGGAUCGUCUUGGAGAAAGAUUGGGACUUCCGGAACGUGAAGCCAAUGCAAUUCUAUACAACAUUACCAAAGGUCCAAUGAAAGCUUAUGUGGACCGAGCUAUCAAAAUCUUUCAACAACGUUCAGCUCCCAGAGGUGCAAAUGAAACGAGGGAUAUUGGAGAUGAUCCUUUGAUACAGAAGCCAGGAACUUCUUUGGGAAUUGAAGCUGGUGGUAAUGUUGCUAUGGAGUUGAGUAAUCUGGUAGAAUAUUGCGUUCGUAACAGGUUAAUAGUACAAAGGACUAUAUUGGUUGAUAAGGAGGACUCAGAUGAUGUCACAUCAGAACCUGAAAAAAGAACCUAUUUGGAAUUUCCAGUCACUUUGCGUGAUCUUUUUGAUCCUUCCGUUCUUCAAGAGAUGUAUCGACAGUAUCUCAUUCAGUGCUUUGCAGUUAAAAGUCGUUCAGAGAAGCAACGGUAUUUCCGUGACUUGGACCGUCUUGCUGGAGUUUUUGGUUUGACUAGUGAAGAAGUCAACAAGGUACAUUCCAAUUUAGGAACCGUCAUCUAUAAUCAGUACUUGUCACAAGCUCUUUCCGAAGGACGCUUGGAGCAAAAAGAUCUGGAUUUCCUUAAUAAUAUUCAGCAAAGUUUGUCCAUGUCUCCAGAACUAUGUCGCGGCCUAAUUCGGGAUGCCAAAAGAAGCAAAGUUUCCUCUCUGCUUCAAACAAUAUUGAGUGCCUCCAAAGUCUCUCCCUCACAAAUGAAGGAACUGCGAGAAGUUUGUCAUCAUUUGGAAGUUUCCUUGGUUGAUAAUACUCUGUCAACCAAAGACCAGAGAAAACGUUUGUUUAUCCUCGAAGUAGACGCUUGUAUUGAAAAUGGACUCAUAACUGUUGAAGAUCAGAGUCUUAUACGGGAAUUACAACAUGAAUAUGCCAUAUCAGAUGAAGAUGCCAAAACUUUAAUUGUGGAAUGCAUCCAAAACCGUUGUAAUUCUCAUCUCAUUCAAGCUGCUGCUUAUUUAAGGCAAAGUAAGUCGGAACAGGCGAUAGAAGAAUUGAACAACCUUAUCAAAUUUGGUAUUUUUCUGCCUGAUAAGAUUCCAAGUUCAGUUGUUACUAUCAAAGAAAGAGAAGAACUGUUGUUGCUCUAUCAGGCUUCACGAGUAGGUGAAACACAGGGAGGUAGUCAGGAACGCAUGGAAUUACUAAGGGCGUUAUUUGGCUUCAGUAAGACAUGACACACUGAUGAUAACUCUGAUGAAGAAGAGCCAAUCGACCCAAAAACACUUACAGGUCUUUUGAGCAUCGUAUUUUAAGUGAUG